AUGGCCAAGCAAGCCUCUCCACUCAACUUCCUCAUUGUGACCUUUGUCGCCUUGGGGAGUUUUACAUAUGGCUUCAAUUCCGCGAUCAUGGGAGUGGUAAUUGGACUACCAGAGUUCUUCAACUACUUUGGCAUCAGCCUCGAAGACGACAUUGGGAACUCUAUUACUGGAGCUACCAAUGGCCUCUACUCCGGAGGCGGUGUCGUCGGUUGCUUGUUUGUCCCGUGGCUCCUGGAGAAACUGGGACGGAAAAGGACUCUGCAAAUCGGAUCCAUUGUCGCCAUCAUAUCGGCUGCGCUGCAGUCAGGGAGUGUGCACAUUGCCAUGUUUCUCCUUGCCCGUUUUCUGAACGGUGUCUCGGUGGGCAUGCUCAAUACGUCCAUUCCAGUGUUCCAGUCCGAAGUGUCCCCUGCUGAGAGCCGAGGUCGAAUGGUGGGAACUCAUGGAGUCCUGAUCGUAUCAGGUUACAGCAUGGCUGGGUUUGUUGGCUUUGGAACAUACUAUGCCGAGCCUACGGUGGGCUGGCGCUUGUGUCUUGCCAUUCAAAUUGUUGCACCUCUCCUUUUGUGCUUGGGGUCUCCUUGGCUACCCGAGUCACCCCGCUGGCUCAUCAGACAGGACAGAGUAAAGGAAGGGCUCGAAGUGCUGCAACUCUUACACGGCGAUGCGAACGAUCCGACCAAUAACGCGCCUGAGAUUGAGUACAAUCAAAUCGUGGAACAAUAUCGUCUUGAGAUGGCAGGUGAUGGCCCUCGAUCUCUCGUGGGUAUGAUGAAGAAGAAGAGCUACCGUAAACGCUUGCUCUUCGGGUUCGCGGUACAAGUGAUUGCCCAAAGCACUGGAGUGCUUGUCGUGAAUAACUACCAAGUCCUUUUGUACAAAGGGCUUGGUAUCUCCGGAUCUCUCCCUCUGGCGCUGAAUGGUUGUUACAAUGGCUUGGCGGCGUUUAUGAACUGGAUUAACUCGCUCAUUAUGGACCGAGUUGGCCGAAUCCGCAUCAUGGUAAUUGGACUAUGUGGUUGUGCAAUAGCCCUAAGCUGCUUCACCGCCAUGGUUGCAGAAUUUGGCGGAACAUCGAAUCGCGUUGGCAAUGGAUUUGGAGUCUUCUUCCUCUUCCUCUUUGUGUUCUUCUACGGUGCGACAAUGGACGCUACAUCCUACGUCUACUGCUCAGAGAUCUUCCCGACGCCAGUUCGGGCUAUUGGCACCGGGUUCAGUGUCUCGGGUCUCUUCUCUGCUACUUUAGUCUAUACCCAGGUUGCGCCGAUUGCCUUUGCGCAGAUCGGUUGGCGAUACUACUUGGUCUUCAUUACCUUGCCGUUGGUUGGCGCAAUAUGCCUCUGGAAGUUCUUUCCAGAAACAAAGAGACUUACCCUGGAAGAGAUAGGGGGGGCCUUUGGAGAUGAUGUACUCGCCGUUGGAUCCGGACGAGACGACAUUGAUGAUACCCUUGCUUGGAAAGGCUCGGAUGACUUGCACCCCGGUCAGCGCAUCGACUCUGAGGGGAAUGGCAAAGAAGGUCGCGUGGGAACUAAAGCGUCUGGAACCCAAGAUAUCCAUUGCCUUGUCCGUGUCUUCAUUCUUAUCAAGGUCGAUCUGAAUCUUCAAGCCAUGCCAGCCGCCCAAAGUAUGAUGAAAGCCGUGGUGUUCGAGAGUGUAGGGAAAGUAGUGGUCGAAGACAGGCCCAGACCUCGGAUCGAGGAUCCUCGAGAUGUCAUUGUGAAGGUCACCGCCGCAGGGCUGUGUGGUAGCGACCUCCAUUGGUUCCGUGGUCAUCAAAAAAUUCCUGGCGACUUCAUCCCCGGCCAUGAAAUAGUAGGCGAUGUCUUUGAAGUUGGAAGUGCGGUUGAAAGAUUCAAAAUUGGAGAACCGGUUGUUGCAUCCUUCUCAACACAAUGCGGUAACCGCUCAUCUCCACGCGACAUCGAUGGUGGGCAGGCCGAGUACGUCAGGAUCCCCUACGCGGAUACAUCUCUGUCCCAUCCGCCAAAAGGAUUGCCCGCCAAGCUAUUGGUGCUGAUGGGUGACAUUUUCCCUACCGGCUAUUUCUGCGCAUCCCGCUUCCUCAAGCCAAUGCCAGCUGCGGAAGCAAAGGAGACGGUCGUGGCUGUUGUUGGCUGUGGCCCGGUGGGAAUCUGCGCCAUUGCUAGUGCUUUGACUUGGUGCGAUACGGUCUACGCACUCGAUCUCGUGCCUGAGCGUCUCGCUGAGGCGGCAAAGAUCGGCGCCAUACCCCUUGGUCUCAAUGAUGACCCGGUGGCCAUCAUCAAAGCUGCUACCGAUGGUCGAGGUGCUGAUCUUGUCCUCGAAGUUGUUGGAGGUCCAGAGCCGAUGAAGUUGUGCAUGAACCUCAUCAGGCCAUUUGGGAUCAUCAGUAGUGUUGGCGUGCAGCCGCACGACUUGACCUUUGACGGACCAAUGUUGCAUGCCAAAAAUGUUACGAUUGAAUGGGGUAGAUGCCCUGUCUAUGGCAUUUUUAGUGAGUCGUUGGAGUGUCUGGUCAAGGUCCAAGAUAAAGUCGCCUUUCUUUGCGAUAAAGAAAUGAAGCUAGAGGAUGCUGUUGAGGCAUAUCAGUUGUUCGACAGCCGCAAAGUUCACAAGAUUAUUCUUAUCCCUUGA